CAACAUCACCACCAAGGGCACAGCAGCUACUAUCGAAUGGACAAGCGACAAACAUCAUGGAACUCUGUCGUCUUGGAGAAGGAGGGUUUCAUCCAGACUGUGGACAAGUUUACAUCAGAAAUAAAGCUAGUGGAAAUCUGCACAGAUGCUCAUGCCCAGAUUGGUGCCCUUAUGAACCCAGACAAAGGCAAAUACAAGGCCCUUGGAAUUCAUCAGAGUCUGGACAUAUGGCAUGUUGCGAAGAACCUUGCCAAAAAAAUAGCAGCAGCAAAGGUAAAAGGAGAGUCCAUCCUCUUCAACUGGCUGAAGGACAUAGUCAACCAUUUUCGGUGGUGUUGCAAGACUGCCGACACACGUGGGCAGUUUCUUGCAUUAUGGGUUGGCAUCCUUCACUAUGUCUGCAACAUUCACACCUGGACUAUGGGAAGCUGCAAACACGGGCACCUUAAAUCGGAGCAAAUGCGGGGAAAGAUGUGUAUCCAAAGAGACUCCCAGUGCCACAAAGCUUUAGUGGAUAUAGUUCUCGAUAAGAGGUGGCAGAAAGAUGUUCACAACUAUCCGCGAUUCAGAUCGACUGCAGACCUAGAGUCAUUCCAGAAUCAUAUCUUUGCUUCAGUCCCCCAGUUUGAGGCAAGAGUUCUGCUUGCUGCCUUGGACUACAAUUUCCACCGGAACCGACCAACAAUGAAAACGUUGGACGGCAAAGAGAUGACCGUUAUUCCGACCAGCAUCUGA